AUGCGUGUGGCCCGGACUGGUGGAGGCCAGGCCGUCCUUGGGUCUGUAGAAGGAGUGCGGAGCGGCGCGUCCGACAAAGGGGCAAGACCGCGGACCUUUAUUCUGAAGUUGAACAUUGCCUCUAUGUUGCCCUUCCUUGAUCCGUCUGGGCAGCCCUUGCAACCAGUGCCAUCGCUCUGGAGGAUGGUGGAGGAACAAGUAGCACCCAGUGAGAGGCUUGAGGUGAAGACCAUCUUGGGGGAUGAUGGUGUGGAACGGAGCUUGGAGCUGCAUGCUGAGGUGCAGACUCUGCUGGAAUUCUAUCAGGAGAUACAGCUGGACCACUCAAGACUGGAACGGAGCCCUUCACAAGCAGUUGGCAGCUUGCUUGCUGCUCCACCCCACCUUAAGGAGCUGAUGAGGGAAGAAAUCCGCCUUCUUCUGAGGAGCCUCCAGCAAAAAGCAUUACAGGAGGGCAGGGACCAAGACUGUGCCAUUUCUAAAUACAGCCCCCAUGUGGUCACCUUUGCUCUGAAGGGAGAUGCUGGAAUUGGAAAGCCUUCCUCUGGGAGCAGUGCCCCCAUCUGGCUGCUGUCCUCCAGAGCCGUCAAUGACCUGGGACCCCUCUGCAAUAAGCUGAAUAUUAACCAUAUUGGUGAGGUAGCCUUUCGACUCCGGACCCUGCUGGAAGACGAAUGCUCUGCUUUGGAAAAGUGCAUCUCUCAUUUACAGUGUCAGCUGGAAAAGGCGCAUUACCAGGCUGCACAGUUGCUAGAGACGACGCAUGAGCCCACCAUGGCUGAACUGCAAGAGGAGAAGCAUGCCAUGGAGCGAGACUUGCAGCUGAGCCAGUCUCCGCUGUCCCCUGGUCUUUCCCUCAUGCCACAGCUGCUGAGGAGGAGCAGCAACCAGCCUCAGCCUAGGUCAGAUGGGAACAUCUUAAAAGCAAGCCAUUUGGAAGGUACUACCAAAGGGCCAGACUUUGAGGAGACCACCCCUGCUUCUUCACCGAGUCCCAGAAAUCAAACUACUUCUGUAUCCCAUCAGACGCUUCCUUGGAGAAGCCACUCAGUAAAAGGCCUGCAGGGACGGCUGCAGCAAGAAGAACUCGGGCAAGCAUGGAAAGAAAAGGACACUCAUUUUCACAGCCCUGGGGCUGCAGCACCACCCAAGGGAAGUAGACUCAUUUCAGCCUGCAGGAUAGCAGUAGCAGGGGUGGUCCCUGCCUUCCACCCAGCACCUCCCCCAGAGCCCUGUCCACUGCCACGCUUGUGCCCCCGUACCAGGCUGCUGCGAUGCAAAGGGCCCAGCUAGGGAAACGAGAUCACCCUCU